ACACCGCUUGCAAGGACUGCAGUAACCCAAGCAACCACCGACGACAAUCAGUGACAACCAACGACGACAACGACAACGAUACUAGCAUACACUCCUUGAAAUACCACAUAAUUGCUCAGGUAGAAUCGUUCGAAUAAUAUGGCAACCAUUGCGUUCGACAUCGGGACCCGAUGUUGGUUCCCGGAUGAUAACGAGGGGUGGAUAAACGCCUCGGUAACAAACAGAUAUAUCGACGGCGAGAAGGUCACGUUGGAGUUCGCGCUGGAUAAUGGCGAGACGAAAACGGUCGAGACAACACUCGACCAACUCGACAAAGACUCGCCCGAGGAUCAUGGGUUACCGCCAUUGCGUAACCCGCCGAUUCUGGAAGCGACGGAAGAUUUGACGAAUUUGUCGUAUCUGAAUGAACCGGCUGUGUUGCAUACGAUUAAGACGAGGUAUUCGCAGUUGUCGAUUUAUACGUAUUCUGGGAUCGUGCUGAUUGCCGCGAACCCAUUUGCGCCCGUCUCGUUGUAUGGACAGGAAAUCGUGCAGAUGUAUGCCGGGCGGAGACGGGGCGAACUGGAACCGCAUUUGUUUGCGAUUGCGGAGGAUGCGUAUCGGUGUAUGCUCCGUGACGAGACGAAUCAAACGGUCGUGGUGAGUGGUGAGUCUGGUGCUGGAAAAACCGUGAGUGCAAAGUACAUCAUGAGGUAUUUCGCUACGGUCGAGGAUCCCGACAAACCUGCGACGGGCAAGAGGGUUGCGGGUGAGAUGUCGAGUACUGAGACUGCGAUAUUGGCGACGAAUCCGAUUAUGGAGGCGUUUGGGAAUGCGAAGACGACGAGGAAUGAUAAUUCUUCGCGGUUUGGGAAGUAUAUCGAGAUUAUGUUUGAUGAGGGGGCGGAUAUUGUCGGGGCGCGUAUCCGGACGUAUUUGUUGGAGCGGAGUAGGUUGGUGUUUCAGCCUGCUACCGAGAGGAAUUAUCACAUUUUUUACCAGUUGGUUGCGGGUGCGACGGAGAAGGAGAGGGAGGAGUGGAGUUUGAAAUCGGUUGAGGAGUUUGAGUAUUUGAAUCAGGGUGGGGAUCCGGUGAUUAGUGGUGUCGAUGACGCCGCGGAGUUCGUGGCUACCCGGGAAGCGCUUGUGACGAUUGGUGUCGAUGCCGAGGUGCAGCAUGAUAUUUUCAAGGUGUUGGCGGCUUUGUUGCAUCUUGGAAAUGUACAGAUUGGCGCGACGAGGACGGAUGCUGUGCUUGCGAGUACGGAGGAGAAUUUGGUUACGGCGUGUAAACUCUUGGGGGUUGAUGCUGCUGGGUUGGCAAAGUGGAUGGUCAAAAAGCAGAUUACGACCAGGAGCGAGAAGAUCCAGACCAACCUGAACCAGAAACAAGCCCUCGUCGUGCGUGACUCCGUCGCCAAGUACAUCUACGCCUCCCUCUUCGACUGGCUCGUCGCAAACAUCAACACCUCCCUCGCCUCCCCCGAAGUCAUCGGCAACGUCAAAAACUUCAUCGGUGUCCUCGAUAUCUACGGAUUCGAGCAUUUCGCGAAGAAUUCUUUUGAGCAGUUUUGCAUUAAUUAUGCGAAUGAGAAGUUGCAACAGGAGUUCAAUCAGCAUGUGUUCAAGUUGGAACAGGAGGAGUAUGUUAGGGAAGAAAUUCCGUGGACGUUCAUUGAUUACGCGGAUAAUCAGCCUUGUAUUGAUCUCAUUGAGGCAAAGUUGGGUAUUCUCUCCCUCCUUGAUGAGGAAUCGAGGCUUCCGGCUGGAUCGGACGAAGGUUGGGUUCGCAAGUUAUACGAUAACUUUGCGCCGCCCGGGAAUAAGGACAAAUAUGAGAAUGUCUUCCGCAAACCCAGGUUCGGGACGAGUGCGUUUACGGUGUGUCAUUAUGCGUUGGAUGUUGAGUAUGAGAGUGAAGGGUUCAUUGAGAAGAAUCGGGAUAGUGUGCCCGAGGAGACGUUGGAGGUGUUGAUGAAGAGUGAGAAUGUGUUUCUGGCUGAGGUGCUCAAGGCUGCUGCUGCGGCGAAGGAGGGGCCUGCUUCGUCGCCUGCGCCUGCUGCUGCUCCUGUCGAUCGGGCAGCUGAUGGGGCAGAGGUGGUGAAGCCGAAACUGGGACCGAUGAAGAGGGCUGGGGCGGGGAGUAAGAAGCCGACGCUUGGUGGGUUGUUUAAGAUGUCGUUGAUUGAUUUGAUGAAUACUAUCAACUCUACCAACGUACACUACAUCCGCUGUAUCAAACCCAAUGAGAAGAAGGCUGCUUGGGAGUUUGAGCCGCAGAUGGUGCUUAGCCAGCUUCGUGCUUGUGGUGUCCUCGAGACCAUCAGGAUCUCUUGUGCGGGGUUCCCGUCUCGGUGGACGUAUGAGGAGUUCUGUGCGCGGUAUUAUAUGUUGGUGAAGAGUGAUGAGUGGCAGCCUGAGCAGCCCCGGUCAUUCUCGGAGAAGAUUCUGAAGGCGACGAUUCAGGAAGAGGAGAAGUUCCAGCUCGGACUUACCAAGAUCUUUUUCCGCGCGGGGUUGUUGGCGUUUAUGGAGAAACUCCGAAGCGACCGUCUCAAUGCCGCCGCGACGUUCAUUCAGAAGAAUAUGUUGAGGAAUAUGCAGCGGAAGAAGUAUUUGAGAAUCAGGAAGAGUGUGUUGAAGGCGCAGGCUCUGUUUAGGGGAUAUGCGGUUAGGAAGCGGGUACAGGAGAUGAAGGAGGAGAAGGCUGCUGUCACGAUUCAGAAGGUCUGGAGGGGACAGAGCGAGAGGAAGAGGUAUGUUAAGACCCGCGAGGGGGUUGUUAAGGUACAGGCUCUGUUCAAGGGGUACCUUGUCCGCAAGAAGGCGAGUGGUGCGAAGAAGGAUCUUGCGGCUACGAGGAUCCAGACUGCGUGGAGGGGUAGCAAAGCCAGGGGUGAGUACAAGGAGACCCGUAGGAAGGUUGUUCACCUCCAGUCUUGCUGGCGCCGGAAGAUGGCGAGGGAUGAGUUGCAGAAACUCAAGGUCGAGGCCAAGAGCGUGAGUCACUUCAAGGAAGUCUCAUAUCGUCUCGAGAACAAGGUCGUUGAGUUGCAGCAGAACCUCAUGGAGAAGACGCAGAACAACAAGGACCUCAAGGCUCAGCUCGCGCAGCUUGAGGCGCAGAUUAGUGGCUGGCAGGAGAAGCACGCUUCCAUUGUUGCCGAGAACGAGACGCUCAAGACUGAGGCUGGCCGCGCGACGGAGGCGUUGGCGAAGGCUGCUGCGUUGGAGAAGGAGAUGCAGACGCUUCAGGCGCAGUUGGAUGAGUCUCAUGCUAACCUCGACCGUAUCGAGCAGGAAAGCAAGGAGUUGAAGCAGAGUCUUGAUAUGAAGGCUGCUGAGCUCGAGGCUUCUAUUUCUGCAUCCCAGGAGGAGGAGGGGACCAGGGAUGGUCUCUUGCAGGAGGUUGAGAGCUUGAAGAAGGAGGUCAGUCGGUUGUCUGCCCUCGACUCUCUCAACGGCAAGGCUUCCGUGGGACAGAGUCCGCCUAGAGGCGAGAGUCCUAUGGUUAAGAUGCGUGCGGCUCGUGGUGCGAAGAGGCAUAGUUACAUGCCCCUUGGUACUGGCGAGGAUGGUCUUAACGGUGACUUGUCGAGGUUUGGGUCUCAGGCGGCGUAUGCUGCUCGUCCUGCCUCUGUCGCUAUCACCAACCAGGGUCAGCUUCAGCAGCUCCGUGCUAACUUGGAGUUCCCCGCCAUCGAGGAAGAUGUCAACGACGAGAUCAUGCGUAUCUUGGAAGAGGAUGAUAUGGUGAACGAGGAGGUCAUGCUCGGUCUGAUCCAGAGUUUGAAGAUUCCUCAGCCUAGCUUGCAGACGCCGCCGAGCGAGAGGGAAAUCCUCUUCCCGGCUCACCUUAUUAACCUCGUUACCUCCGAGAUGUGGAAGUAUGGGUUCAUCAAGGAGUCUGAGCGGUUCCUUGCGAAUGUCAUGCAGACUGUGCAGGAGCAGGUGAUGACUCACGAGCUUGAAGAUGCUAUUAUUCCUGGUGCGUUCUGGUUGUCCAAUGUUCACGAGAUGUUGUCCUUUGUGGUCGCGACCGAGAGAGAUAUUCUUCAUGGUGGUGCGAGCGCGGAUUUGGAGACGUACGUGCCCAGUUGGUUGCAGGUGGAUAACCUUAGAAGGUUGGCGGAGUUGGCUGGAAGGGAGGGUGUCGCCAGUGCUUGAGCUUGAGUGCUUAGAAUUAGAUGAGAUGAGUGA